CUGCGUACACACUCACAGACACCAGUGGAGCAGCGUGUGCUUGCGUGAAUAAGAAAGAGUGGGAGACCAAGUCUGAGAGGCAGAAGACAAAGAGCAAGCGGCAGAUCCGAUGGUUUGACUGAUUUUGAUGGGAAGAAAAGAGAAGAAAUUAUAAGGACCAAGUUCACGAGGAAUUGAAGUUGACUGACAGGAACACAAAUUUGUCCACCUGUUUGGCACUGAGGGCUAUUGUUAGAGGAUUGAUCUUUGGAUAUCAAUUUUAAAGGAGAGCUCAUCGGAGAAGGCAUUACUUCACUUUUUUCUUUUGAUAAACCGGACAACAUAGUGAGUGAAGACAGCAAGCAAGGGAAAACUGAGAUGUCAAAGGACAGACACUGCAGUUUUGAGUAAGACCAUCAUCGUACUGUUAUAUUGAUAUUCCACGGAAAACAUUUUGAAAACAGUAAAAAUCAACUGACACUUCUGUUAUAUUAUUUACAGAAAUUAGACAGAAUAUGCAUAGUUUGUAAACUUGUGCAACCGAGAAGAAACAAAUCAAUCAGUCAAAACCUAUCAAAUUAUUCUUAAGGUUAACUGAAAAUCCUUUAUUUUAAGCUGCUGAACAAACUUCUAUAUAACAAUGUACACAUGUAACCUGAUCUUAAGCACACUACUGUAAUUACAAAGCAAGGUCAGGAAAGAAGUUACAGACAUUUGUAAUUAAGGACCAUCUAUAAAAGGAAACCAAGAAGAGGGUGAGGUCUGCGCGAAAAAGAAAGAGCAGGCCGCAAGGACACCAAGACAGGCAACGGGACAUUAAGAUUCUCACCAAGAAAAACAGCUGCUUCAGAGGGACAACGGGCACCAUGGAUUCUCACGGAGGACAUUACCUCAACAAAGAAGCUGUGCUGUCACCUUUAGGAGUAACCCGAAUGUUCCAGCUACUGUUUGGCUGCACCAUAAUGGCCCUUGUGUCACACAGUGCAGGCUACAGUGCCAAUUACGGAACCUUCUGCAUGUUUGUGUGGUGCUUCUGUUUUGCUGUCACACUGGUAGUUUUCACCUUGGACAUUACACGGCUCCACACAUGUAUGCCAAUUUCCUGGGAUAACUUCACCGUGGCCUUUGCCAUGCUGGCAACACUCAUGUACAUCACCGCCUCUGUGGUCUACCCUGUUUACUUCCUGCAGACUGAGUGUCCUGGUGAGGUCUGUGAAAUCCAAAUAUACCGCAUUGCUGUGACAGUCUGCUCUGCAGUCUGCUGCUUCCCCUACGCGACUGAGGUGUUCUUAACACGAGCCAAGCCAGGAGCUGUGGUUGGAUACAUGGCCACUGUGUCUGGUCUGCUGAAGGUGGUUCAGGCUUUUGUGGCCUGCAUCAUUUUUGGGGCCCUGGCUAAUGACAGUGAGUACAACCAAUACAUUGCAACCCAGUACUGCGUGGUGGUGUACAGCCUGUGCUUCUCUGUCACUGUGAUAGUGGUCAUACUGACGGUUUCUGGUAAGACCUCUGCCCUGCGGCUCCCAUUUGAUCGGUUUGUGGUCAUCUACACCUUCUUUGCUGUGAUCCUCUACCUCAGCACUGCACUCAUCUGGCCCAUCUUCAGCUUUGACAAGAAGUAUGGGAACACUACUCGUCCUGAGGACUGCCCACGGGGAGAAUGUCCAUGGGACAGUAAGCUGGUUGUGGCAGUGUUCACUAAUGUCAAUCUAGUGUUAUAUUUUGUAGACCUUGUUUACUCCCAGAGGAUUCGUUUUAUCUCCAGCUCUGCUGUCUGAAAAACUCCCCCACCACCCUUUAGCCUCGUAUCCAAAUAAAUAAAGUUUGCAACCACAUCCAGUUUGCUCUCCAUACCCAGGUCUAUGUGAAGGAUUCACUGCCUUGAAUCCAUCAUUUCACAGUGUUAUAUAGCCAGUCUAUAACACUUUUUCUUGUCAGUAUUUAUCUAGUUUUUAUGUUGCAGUAUUCAUCUAGUCUUGGGCUUCUGUGCUGGACAGUUCUGCUGUGACCUACCGUAGGGAACAUGCACCAUGGAGAGGUGUACCGAUGAGCUGAUCUCAGCAACUCUGUCCUCAGAAGACCAGGAAACACGUCUGUCUCUGUAACAAAGGCAUCUCUCUUAUCUGGCACAAACCUAAAGAAGUGUCAGACCAGUGUUACAUCAUUCAACCUUUCAAUGACUUAGCAAUGUAUUUAAUGGUAUUCAUGUAACAAAAAACAGGGUGGAAAUACAUUUCCUAGAUAUGUGUAGUAUUUGUAAGGUCAACAGUUUGCACUGAACAUAGCCACUUUACUGUAUUUUUUUUUUUUCGAAUUUAGGUUCGUAUGUAAAUGUAACCUGAGGAAUCAUUUUUAAAGGCAACUGUUUGACAACAGUAUUAAAUUUGUUAUUUUGU